AUGGCUCAGAGACAAGGGCUUUACUUUAAUGCAUACAACAGAGGGAAGACACUUGUUUUCAGCAAGGUACCCUUACCUGAUUAUCGAGCAGAUCUGGACGACAGGCAUGGGUCAACACAAAAAGAGAUUAAGAUGUCUAAUCAGACAGAGGUGCGAGUCGAAGACCUUUUGUCCAGGUCAAAGUGGAACACCAACAAUUCUGCAAGCACAUCUACUGUCUCAAUGAGACAAUUUUUGCCUAGCGCAUCCUCGUCUGUUGUUGAACCAGCAGCACCAAUUGAUAAAGAAAAGCUCAGUUCUCAACUUAGGGAUUUGCAAAAUUCAAGGAAGACGACAGCAAGUGCUAGAUCAAUGCAAUCUUUCAGGGAGAAAUUACCUGCAUUCAGCAUGAGAGAGGAAUUUCUGAAAGCGGUGGCAGCCAAUCAGGUUCUGGUCAUUUCUGGCGAGACAGGCUGCGGUAAAACAACCCAGCUUCCACAGUUCAUACUAGAAGAAGAAAUAAAUAACCUCCGCGGUUCUGACUGCAGCAUAAUUUGUACUCAGCCCCGCCGUAUAUCUGCUGUUUCAGUAGCAGCAAGAGUAGCUGCUGAGAGAGGUGACGAACUUGGCGAGGCUGUUGGAUACCAGAUUCGCCUUGAAUCAAAACGAUCUGCACAAACACGGUUGCUGUUCUGCACUACCGGAGUUUUGCUUAGAAGACUGUUUCAAGAGCCUGACUUAAUUGGGGUGAGUCAUUUACUAGUUGACGAAAUUCAUGAACGCGGCAUGAAUGAAGAUUUUCUCAUCAUAAUACUGCGUGACCUUCUACCAAGACGUCCAGAUCUUCGCCUUGUACUGAUGAGUGCAACUAUAAAUGCUGAACUAUUUUCCAAGUACUUCCCGGGGUUCACUUUUCCUGUUGCUGAGUUGUUUCUGGAAGAUGUUCUAGAAAAGACUCGUUACAGGAUCAAUUCCGAACGUGAUAAUUUUGCAGGUAGUUCAAGGAGAAAGAGGUUUUCAUCAGUUAAGAGUGAUCCACUGUCUGAUGUUUUUGAGAACAUUGACAUUAAUAAGGAGUAUGGAAAUUACAACAUUACAACAAGGCAGUCCCUUGAAGCUUGGUCUGCUGCUGAACUAGAUUUGAGCCUUGUGGAAAGUACAAUCGAGUAUAUUUGCCGUUAUGAAGCAGAAGGUGCAAUCCUUGUGUUCCUUACUGGCUGGGAUGAAAUUUCAAAGCUUCUGGACAAGAUUAAAGGCAAUAAUUUCCUUGGCAGUCCUAAUAGAUUUCUUGUUCUUCCUUUGCAUGGUUCUAUGCCAACUGUGAAUCAACGUGAAAUUUUUGACAGACCACCAGCUAGUAUGAGAAAAAUUGUUUUGGCAACCAACAUUGCGGAGAGUAGUAUCACUAUAGAUGAUGUUGUCUAUGUGAUUGAUUGUGGUAAGGCCAAGGAGACAAGCUAUGAUGCCUUGAAUAAGCUGGCAUGCCUUCUUCCGUCAUGGAUAUCAAAAGCUUCUGCUCAUCAGAGGAGAGGUCGCGCAGGCCGCGUUCAGCCAGGCUUUUGCUAUCGGCUCUAUCCAAAGAUCAUUCAUGAUGCAAUGCCACAGUUUCAGUUGCCUGAAAUUCUCAGGACUCCUUUGCAAGAACUAUGCCUUACCAUCAAAAGCUUACAGCUUGGAGCAGUAUCCUCCUUUUUAGCCAAGUCACUGCAGCCACCAGAUCCACUUUCUGUUAAGAAUGCAAUUGAGCUUCUUAAAGCCAUUGGUGCACUGGAUGAUACGGAGGAACUCACUUCUCUUGGGAGACAUCUCUGUACUCUCCCACUGGACCCAAACAUUGGGAAAAUGCUGCUUAUGGGAUCUGUAUUCCAGUGCUUGGAUCCAGUAUUGACAAUUGCUGCUGCUCUCGCAUAUCGUAAUCCAUUUGUGCUCCCAAUAGAUAGAAAAGAAGAAGCUGAUGCUGUCAAAAGAUCAUUUGCUGGUGACUCCUGCAGUGACCACAUUGCUCUUCUUAAGGCGUUUGUAGCAUGGAAGGAGGCUAAAAGGAGUGGUAGAGAGCGCACUUUCUGUUGGGAAAAUUUUCUGUCCUCCAUGACCCUGAAGAUGAUGGAUGACAUGCGAAAUCAAUUUUUUGAUCUACUAUCUGAUAUUGGGUUUGUUAGCAAGACAACAGGAGUGAAGGUUAUGUGCCCUCUUUCAUUUCAAACAUGCCAUUGA